UUUGUUGUUCUUUUUUUUCCGUAAAUCUAAAAAACGAAGAAUCAUUGUUUCAUUGUCUUCAGAAUGAAGACCGUGAAAGGAGAAGAAGUGGGAUAAACAUGCCCCUAGAGUAGAAACCACAUGCCAUCAGACAGCAGUGCAUGCUUUUGCAGACAGUUUCAUAUGUAACAGUUGUCGGUGAUAUUCAAUUUGAUCAAACUUUCUCAGCUCCUUGUGUCAUGGUUAGUGAUUCUCUGAAUAGAACAGAAUGAAGUUGAUAUAUUUCAUUCUGAUGUUCCAAGAGAUGCAUCUUUGUCAUGGUUUUUCUUUUCUUUUCAGCAUAUCAAAAUACCUCUUCUUGGAGCGGAACCAUCUCCUCCCAUUCUGAUGUGUUUGACUCUGACAGCAGUAAAACUGUACAUGACCAACCAUCCAUAACCCAACAUAAGGGAUGCUGGUGGAGUCUCAGACUGCCGGGUCAUGAGCUGAAUCAGCCUGUUGUGUUCACCUCAGAGUCCAUCGCUGACCUGGUCCUGCAGGUCUGCCAGGACCUGGGCUGUGGUGGACUUUAUAAUCUGACCCGGGCCAGUUCUCCCCCCAACAGUAGCUGCCUCACGAGCUGUUCCUACCACGAUCGUCUCCUCCACAACUGCUCCCAGGUUGUUAGGAGCGACUGCAUAACCGUGUCUGAAGUUUACUGUGGGAACCAGGCUGUGCGGUUGCAGGGCGGCGGUCACCGCUGUGCCGGGCGGGUGGAGCUGUGGAGAGACGGCCAGUGGGGCACGGUGUGUGACGACCAGUGGGACCUGAGAGACGGGGAUGUGGUGUGCCACCAGCUGGGCUGUGGCUACGCACUCAACGUGUCUGGGCAAGAUGGCUCUACCCCCCUAGGCACUGGGCCCAUCUACCUGGACGAGGUCAACUGUACAGGGAAGGAGAGGGACUUGUGGGAGUGCCCGGCCACGGGAGAUCACGACUGUGGACACAAGGAAGAUGCCGGGGUGGUCUGCUCCGAGAGGAGAGCGGUCAGGCUGAGUGGGGGUCUGGACCGCUGCUCUGGAAAAGUGGAGAUUCAUCGUAACGGGACCUGGGGGUCGAUUUGUCACGACUGCUGGGAGAUGCAGGAGGCAGACAUGGUGUGCUCCAUGCUGGGCUGCGGUGAGCCGGUCCAGUUCAUUGGAUUCAAACCGCCCUUCAACACUCACAACAACGGACCAAAGUGGUACUACAUAUGUUAUAAGAAACACCAAACCUUGUGGGACUGCCAGGAACUCGCUAAUCCCUCGUUCUGUGGCACACAGGCUGCAGCCCUUAUCUGUAAAGGGUCUCGUGGAUUGCCUGAUCUGAAAACCACGACAGAAACUGGGCCAACCUCAAUGACCAUGAUGAUAACAAAGACCAGAGCCCCCAAUGAGUCUUUCCUGCCCCCCAUGUCCCCCCUCCUGCUGGGCUGUGUGGCGCUCUCCUUCCUCCUCCUCCUCGCCCUGAUCACCAACGCUCUGCUCUGCUGCCAGAACAGAAGGAGAAAUGCUCUUGUGGUUCAGAUGAGACACUCCAGCCUGCACGCGCCGUCUGAACACUGUGAGAAUGAAUACCGAGACUCUGUAGACCUGGUCAAGAUCACCAACACAACCAUGAGCAACAAUGUCCCGUCCAAUCCCAGAAGCCUUUGGCACCAUCAGAGUAGCAUGGACAGCACAUCUGUGGACACAGACUCAGAGCACUGGGAGCCGGAUCUGACCACCUUUAGGAACUCACAACGGUACAGAACCAACAGGCCAAACCCUGGGAGGACAGCUCUGGACAGUCUGUCGGAGGAAGCUGGUGGUCCCAGCUAUGAGGCGUCUGGGGGCGUUGCCAAUCACCACCACAGCUUCCUGUCACCGGAUGAGGAACAAGUUCCAGGAACCCCUAGUGAAGACUCAUUUGAAUCCAGCACGUCCUCUGAGGAAUGCUAUGAAAACACAGGGCCACAGGUGGAGCAUGUGAUGAGGGCAGAGAGAGCUGAUCCGGGCCACACCUCUGUGGACCCUGCAAGACACAACGAUCCACCGCACUCCACCCUCACACACUCUCAUGAUCAAGGGGCAGAGAGCAGCAGUGAUGAGGAGGGUCCUCUGUACUCUCCUGUGAGUCCCGACACCCUCCUCUCCUCAGAGAGUGACUACGAUGACAUUGCUAACUACACAAACCAACUCAGUGCCACUGAACAUAUGGCAGUUUGUAACUGAAGAACAGUGGAUGCAGUUCUUAGGGUCCAGUCUUCUGCACAUUUGGUGUUUUUAAGUUUGACCAGACAUGCAAUGAUCUGUGGUUCCUGUACUUUUUGUGAAUAUAUAUUUUUCUAAAUGCUUAAUGAUUUACUGAUGACUGCAGAUAACAGUUAGCCUGACGUUGUCAUACUCAUAAUUCUAUUCAGAAUAUGAGUCUGAUAACUCUCCGUUGGGCUGUGAGUAU